UUUGUUUACUGGCGGAGAGACUGGGAAGAAGGGGGAUCCUACAGGAGCUGGGGGACUCUUCAAUCUACCUCUGUCUGUGGAAUUAUAAAAGGGGGAAAAAUAAAAAUAAAAAAAUAAGUCGAAACUCUGCAUUUUCCCCCCUCAUACCAAUGCAAAGUUUUUUUUCGCUGCAAACAACCGUCAAGAGCAUUAACACAAGUUGGAGCAUAUCAUUUUUUUUCUUCCUAUUUUUAAUUCCCAAACAAAAAAGGAAAGUGGAGAGCUGCUGAGCCUCGUCGAAGUCUGCCUGUCAGCCUUUCAGAGAGUGGAGGUCCCUCUUAAAUCUCUGCACUGACUGAAGAGGAGUUUUAAAGCUGCCCCUAAAAACAGUUUCACAAGUUAGUGAAACCUGUUUUGUGUACCGUGUGGGACUUCAGCGGAUUUUUCCACUUUUUUUUUCUUUACGAAAGACACGCCAACGUUACGCCACGCAUGCCACAAACAUCGAGUCAGCAGCUCCAACUUCCCUCCGAAUUCAAUUAUAUGUGGCUUUUACCAAGGUGUUCAUGCAUGCAUCUUUACGCUUUUUAACAAAAAGGUGCAUUGCGGAUAACUGGCUAUUCGAGACGUUUCUUUAAAGUUAUAUUUUGAGAAGGCUGCUAGAAAGCAGCGCAAACUAAACUUGUGGCCUGGACCGGAGUGGAAGAGCCAGGCCAACUGGCGAGCUAGCUUAACUACUAGCGCUAAGGCUAGCUUCUGCUCAACCAAGAAGUCUGUUUUUGCUUUUUUUUUACGGACACACGUCAACUGAACUAGACCUGUUUUUAUUAAACCAAACGUUUAAAGUCACAGCAACAGCACUCUUGCACACUGUUGGUGUUUGUUAGUGGAGGUUUUGCGUGAAGUGGCUAACUUUAGCAGCAUCAGCGCUAGCUGGUGUUUGACUGAACACGUUGGACACGUUCCUCCGCCCAUCUUCCGGGAUGUCUUUUAUUUAUUUUUGUUUACCUGUUGGCCUCCGCCGCAAAACAAAACCAGUUUCCUGAACGCAUAUCUUCUGCAUUUGAACUGUCCUCCUCGCCAAGUGGAUGGUGUCAGUUAUGUGGCUCCGGACUUUGUGUUUUGUUUUGACCGCUAUCUGCGUUGUGAUGAGCUGUCAUCGAGCUUAUGGAGAGAUUUGUCCAAGUAAGGACAUUCGCAACAAUGUGACCAACCUGCAGACACUCGAGAAUUGUACUGUGAUCGAAGGCCACCUGAAGAUCUUACUCAUGUUCAGGACCAAGCCAGAGGAUUUCCGAGGCCUCAGUUUCCCCAAGCUGAUGGUGGUGACCGACUAUCUGUUGCUAUUCAGGGUUUAUGGCCUGGAGAGCCUCAGCGAUCUCUUCCCCAACCUGACGGUCAUCAGAGGCAACAACCUGUUCUUCAACUAUGCUCUAGUGGUGUUCGAGAUGCUCCAGCUGCGAGAGCUUGGCCUCCACAGCUUGAUGAAUAUCACCAGAGGAGCUGUGAGACUUGAGAAGAACCCAGAGCUUUGCUAUCUCUCCACUCUGGACUGGUCCAAGAUCCUUGACUCAGUGGAGGACAACUACAUCAUGGCCAACAAGAAUGAAAGAGAGUGUGGUGAUGUCUGCCCAGGAACGGCGGCUGGAAAGACAACGUGCCAGACGACGACCAUUAACGGACACUUCAGCGAACGCUGCUGGACACAAAACCACUGCCAAAGAAUGUGCCCUGCUCAGUGCAAACACCGGCCGUGCACUAAAGCUGGCGAGUGCUGCCACGACCAGUGUCUGGGUGGCUGCCUGAAGCCCAACUCAGCCAGUCACUGUGUGGCCUGCCGUGGCCUCCAGCAUGAGGGCAACUGUGUGGAACGUUGCCCAAAAAACAACUUCACUUAUAAGGACUGGCGCUGCGUCUCCUUUGCCUUCUGCCAGGAUCUGCACAACAGAUGUAAGAGGGAGAAGGAGCGCAACAAGAACGCUGACUGCCACGAGUACGUCAUCCACAACGGUGCCUGCAUCCCUGAGUGUCCCUCUGGCUACACAACCGUCAGCUCCUCCUCUCUCAACUGCACUCCCUGUGCAGGGCUUUGCCCCAGGGUGUGUAUGGGUCUGAAAACCAUAGACUCCGUGACCGCUGCCCAGGCUUUGAGAGGGUGCACCAUUCUCAAUGGGAGCAUGGUCAUCAACCUGCGAGGAGGAAACAACAUCGCAGCGGAACUGGAGGCCAGCCUGGGCCAGCUGGAGGAGAUCACUGGCUACCUUAAAGUGCGACGUUCCUACGCCCUUGUGUCCCUCUCAUUUUUCCGCAAACUCCGCAUUAUUCGUGGAGAAGAGCAGGAGAAUGGGAAUUACUCCUUCUAUGCCCUGGAUAACCAGAAUCUGCGACAGCUCUGGGACUGGUCCAAACACAAGCUAACUAUCCUGCAGGGGGGCAUGUUUUUCCACUACAACUCCAAACUCUGCAUGUCUGAGAUCCGCAAGAUGGAGGAGGUGACAGGAACCAAAGACCGGCAAGUAAAGAACUACAUCGCUUCCAAGACCAACGGAGACCAGGCCUCAUGUGAGAACCACAUAUUGAAUUUCACCCACAUCCGAACUUCCAGCGACAAGAUUAUGAUCAAGUGGGACCCCUUCUGGCCACCAGACUUCAGAGAUCUGCUGGGGUUCAUGGUGCUCUAUAAAGAAGCUCCUUUCCAGAACGUAACAGAGUUCGAUGGGCAAGACGCCUGUGGCUCCAACAGCUGGGUGAUCGCUGAUGUGGACCCUCCACGUCGAGCCACAGACUUAGAAAAAGAGCAAAUAGAACCAGGAUAUCUCAUCAUGCCUCUGAAGCCCUGGACACAGUACGCCAUCAUGGUGAAAACCCAGCUCUCAGCAUCUGACGAGCACCAGGUCCACGGAGCCAAGAGCAAGAUCGUCUAUGUCCGCACAAACGCCACUAAACCUUCUGUCCCACUGGACCCCAUCUCCUCGUCUAACUCCUCCUCCUCCAUCAUUCUCAAGUGGAAACCUCCCAAUGACCCCAACGGCAAUAUCACUCACUACCUGGUCUUCUACCAGCGCCAGCCAGAGGCCAGCGAGCUCUAUAAGUUUGACUACUGCCAGAAGGGGAUGAAGCUGCCAUCACGGGUGCCCACUCAGGUGGACAGUGAUGAGGAACAGAAGUGGAACCAGACGGAGGAGCAGGGCCAGGGGAUGCGAUGCUGCGCCUGCCCAAAAACUGACAAGGAGCUCAAGAAGGAGAAGGAGGACUCAGAAUACCGCAAAACCUUUGAGAAUUACCUCCACAAUGAAGUCUUUGAGAUAAAACGCUCCAGGCAACGGCGCUCUGUGAUGGGCAUCGCCAACAGAACGCACCUCUUCCUUACUACAUCUCCCAGCCCGCCUGGAGGAACAGGCAUCCCCGAUGAAGUGGAGGAAGAAACUUUCGAAAGCACGAAGACUGUAGUCACAGUCCAUGCCAAAGAGUCUGCCGUCAUCUCCAACCUGCGCCACUUCACCAGUUACCAGAUUGAGAUCCAUGCCUGCAACCACCCGACUGACCCAGCCCGCUGCAGCAUGGCAGCAUAUGUCAGUGCCCGCACAUUGCCUGAAGAUAAAGCUGAUGACAUUUUGGGUCCCAUUACUUAUGAGGUGACAGGAUAUAAUGUGCACGCAUACUGGCUGGAACCUACAGCCCCAAAUGGUAUAAUCAUCCUGUAUGAAGUGAACUACAAGAGAGUGGGAGACAGUGAGGAGCUGCACUCUUGUGUGUCAAGGAAGCUGUACAAAGAGCAGCGUGGCGGCCUGCUGAAAGUGAUGCAUCCUGGGAACUACACCGUGAGGAUCCGAGCAACCUCACUAGCUGGGAAUGGAUCGUGGACCGAACCCACAUUUUUUUACAUCCAGGAUGCGAGUGAUCAUCUGUAUGUUGUGAAGAUCAUCAUCGGGCCAGUCAUCUGCUUUUUCCUGCUGCUGUUGGUGGCUGGGGUGGGAUUCUUCAUGUUCAAGAAAAAUCAAACCCAAGGGCCUAGUGGUCCCAUCUAUGCCUCUUCCAACCCAGAGUAUCUCAGUGCUAAUGACGUGUAUGAAGAGGACGAGUGGGAGGUGCCCCGGGACAAGAUCAGCAUUUUGAGGGAACUGGGUCAGGGCUCCUUUGGCAUGGUCUACGAAGGCAUCGCUAAGGACAUCAUAAAGGGCGAAGGGGAAACACGUGUAGCUGUGAAGACGGUGAAUGAGUCAGCCAGCCUAAGGGAGAGAAUUGAGUUCCUGAACGAGGCCUCGGUCAUGAAGGCCUUCAGCUGUCACCAUGUGGUGCGUCUGCUCGGCGUUGUGUCGAAGGGUCAGCCCACACUGGUGGUGAUGGAGCUGAUGACCCACGGAGACCUAAAGAGCUACCUGCGCUCGCUACGGCCUGACGCUGAGAAUAACCCCGGACGUCCACCGCCCACUCUGAAGGAGAUGAUCCAAAUGGCCGUUGAGAUUGCAGAUGGCAUGGCUUACCUUAACGCCAAGAAGUUUGUCCACAGGGACCUGGCAGCCAGAAACUGCAUGGUAGCUCACGAUCUGACGGUCAAAAUAGGGGACUUUGGCAUGACCAGAGAUAUCUAUGAGACCGACUACUACAGGAAGGGAGGGAAAGGCCUGCUGCCUGUCAGGUGGAUGGCACCUGAGUCCUUGAAGGACGGCGUCUUCACUGCACAUUCAGACUGCUGGUCAUUUGGGGUUGUGCUGUGGGAGAUCAGCACCCUGGCCGAGCAGCCAUACCAGGGCCUGUCCAACGAGCAAGUCCUCAAGUUUGUAAUGGACGGAGGCUACCUGGAUCGGCCUGACAACUGUGCAGACAGACUACACAACCUCAUGCAGAUGUGCUGGCAGUACAAUCCCAAGUUGCGUCCCACCUUCCAGGAGAUCAUCGAGAUGCUUCGGGAGGACCUGCAUCCCACCUUCCAGGAGGUCUCUUUCUUCUACAGUGAGGAAAACAAGCCGCCAGAGAGCGAGGAUUUUGACCUGGACAUGGAAAACAUGGAGAGCAUCCCGCUGGACCCUUCGUCAUACUCCCAGAGGGAGCAGUGUUUGGACAGGGAUGAGUCCUCCUCCAUGGGCCUGAGAGGCAGUUACGAGGAGCACCACAUCCCGUUCACACACAUGAACGGAGGAAAGACGAAUGGACGAAUACUUGCCCUGCCACGGUCCAGCCCCUCCUAACAUAUGGGACUCAUAAACCCAGUGAUGAGAUAGAUAUAAUUCUAUUUUUGUUUUUUGUUUUUGUCAUUUUAUAUAGAUCACACUUUUAUCACUUGGAAGCCCUUCAAUGCAUAUCUCAGGACCUUAUUUUUCUCUCCAAAUGCCACAAACACACACUACAGUAAGUCCACAUACGGACGACACAAGACACUUUUUGUAUUUGAGGACAAGUCUCCUGCAUCUCUGUUGUUCAUGAUUGUAGUUUAUAUACUGUAUAUAAUAUAUAUAUUGCCAAGUUUGUGCUUGACUGGGUGGAUAUUGGAUUCAUCUGUGAAACAAACUCUUGAUAAACAAGAAGGCUGCUAAACCCACUGUCCCUCCCCAGGUCCAGGCCAUGUCCCUUUCCCCUGAAUUCAUCAAGAUUUCAUCCCUGGGUUCCUACGUUUUGAAAAACAACAACAAAAAAAAAAGUGCCCUUCUCUCUUUUCUGUGGCCUACACCAGUUGUCUUGGAACUGUGUUUAAAUCUUUGUACACUAGUGGAUGAAAAUGAAAAAAAAAAAAAAUAGACAGAACUCUGUUGGAUGGUCAGACACGUCCAUCCUUGAACAAACUCUUAUCCACUGGAGAAGCUGAUUGAAGUGGCUAACCUCCUCACACUGCAGUAUUCCAGAAUGGCACACAGGAUAAACACGGGACUUUUAAUGGGUUACAUUUUUUUUUUUUUUUUAUUUACUUGGUUUUUUUUCUGUUCCUCUCUUUGCUAUCCCUUUUCUUUUUUUUCACAUUUACAGCUGAAGGAUAUUUAAACUGUUUUCAGAAACAUGUUGGCAAACAGGUUCAUCAGAUUGACCAAUAGCUGCUUCAUUGGUAUAUUUUAGUGGGUAUAGAAGAUAAGAAAUAUAAAGAUAUAUAUAAAUAUUAUAUGGAUGUUUUUGUAAAUAGUCGAUAUGUUGUCAUUCUUGAGGUAUUUCCGGUUAGAUAAUGUUUUUACAUGUUAGUCUCUUAUGUUUAUUUUUUCUAAUCCAGAAAAUCAUAUCAAAUAGCUUUUUUUUUGGACUCAUGAUCAACCAAACAGCACUUGGUUUUUUACAAUGCGAUGCCUGGGAGGAAGAGUGUUUGGCAUCUUCUGCUUAAAAUGUCUGCCCACCAUGUCAAGAUCAAAUAAAAAUAGUGCUGUAAA